UUUUGUUCACAAAAAUGAAAUCUAUCAAAUUGUUAAUAAUACUGAUAAUAAAAUUAACCAUCGCUGAUGAAACGACAGAAAACAAUGAUAUGAUAUACCCUGAAAGUAAUGAUAACCAAAAUACGGAACAAAUAAUUUCGACUAAUAGCGGACCGGUGAAGGGUUUCGUGCACAAAGAAACACCAAAAAUACGAAGGUUCUAUGACAUCCCGUAUGGAUCAUUUAGCGACAAUAAUCCUUUUGAGGCACCUUCACCAGCGCAAAAAUGGGAAAGAGUUCAUGACGAACGGGAACACAAAUCACGUUGCCCGCAAAUAGAACACUUAAAUCGACUUGCUGGGAAUUUGCAUUGCCUGACGUUAAGCAUCAUGACACCAACUACGACAACCGGAGAACUAAGAGGCGUUUUGUUCCACAUUCAUGAUGGAAGUUUGAAUGUAGGAAGUGGAGAUCCAUCUGUAUAUGGACCGGAAUACAUUGUGCCUAAGGGUAUCAUUUUGGUUCUGCCAAAUUAUAGACUGGGAGCACUUGGAUUUUUGUGUUCACAGAAUGAUUCUGUACCUGGUAAUGCAGCGCUAAAAGAUUUAACUAUGGCUUUGAAAUGGAUAAAAGAUAACAUAGAAGCUUUCGGUGGGGAUCCAUCAAAUAUUGUAGUUAGCGGAGAGGGCGGAGGGGGGGCUUUGGCGGGCUAUUUGGCACUUUCGCCCAUGUCACGAGAUUAUGUUUCAAAAGUAAUCGUUGAAAGUGGUUUUGUGCUUUCACAUUGGGCAUUAGAAAGAGAUCCUGAUGCAAUUUUAAAAAUUUUAAUACAGAAUCUUCCUAACGUUGGUGUAGUUACCACAAAGUCUUUUAGACUGGAAUCUUCAAACAUAGGAAUUUUGGUAACAGCAGCCAAAGACAUAAAAUUCGCACCGUGUAUAGAAAACGGAAUCAAACCGUUUAUAACUGAAACUCCAUUUAAUAUUCUUAAAAAUCUUAAAACAAAUAUGACGUAUAUGUUAGGAAGUACCAGUCAUGCUGGAUUACAAGAAGCAUUAGAUCAUACCGAAGAAAGUCUAUCUGAACUGAAUGAGGACUUUGGUGAUAUCUUGCCCAACGAUUUAAACUUUGAAGAAAAUGAAAAUAAAAGAUUGGAAGUCGGGAACAGAUUGAGAGAACAAUACUUUGGUAAAGAUAAUGUGACAUUAAAUAAAAUAGAGGAACUUUCUCUAUGUUAUACGGAUGCUUCAUAUUUAGGUCCGAUGCUCCGAGCCGCUAGACAUUUAACAUCAUCUGGAGCUUCUGUUUAUUUCUACGAGUUUGCGUUCGUUGGCGAUUUAAAUCAAAGGCAUACUGAUGAAUCAAUCGAUGAAAUCCAAAUAUCAACUUCGAUAAAAAUCAAUGGGGCAUCCCGAGGCGAUUUAGCUAGAUACAUUUUCUGGCGAGAAGGAAACAUACCAGCCGAUGGCAGUAAAGAGAAACAAAUGAUAGAUUUGGUUACCGAUUUAUGGAUUAGUUUUAUAAAAUCUGGGUAAUGAUA